UAGCACUCCCACAAGAGUGCGGAGAGGGGUGGUUUCAGAUUUCUCCUCUAUUGUCUCAGCCCUGGCCAAGAGUACAACUGGUACAAGGCACUUUGAGAGCAGUUUCACCAUCCGGAAGGGAGGCCGUCCUGAGAGAAGGGCUUCAGCUGCUGCCAGAUCAGUUUUGGUGCUUGUGAAGAGGAAAAAACAAGCAAGCCGCUCCUAUUGCAACAAACACAGUGAAUCUCUUCCUCACCCACACAGAAAUCCUGCCAUUGAGCAUUUUGGAGAGGCAGCUACGAUAUCAGCUGAGGGACCGCUGUGCCAAAGCAUCAGGAAACAUCGCCUGCAUCCCUCCUGGCCUUCGGUAGUAAUUGCUUUGAACCAUGGGAAAUGGCAUGAAUAAGGAACUGUCCAGUUUGGCCGAUGUACAUAGCAGAGGGCCACUGCUGGCACAUGAUGGCGUAGGUGUGCAGGUUCUCCCUGGACUUUACCUUGGGAACUUCAUAGAUGCCAAAGACGUGGAGCAACUGAGCAGGAAUAAGAUCACCCAUAUUAUUUCAAUCCAUGAAUCUCCCCAGCCACUGCUGCAGGAAAUUACGUAUCUACUCAUUCCGCUGCAGGACACGCCCGAGGCCAACAUCAAGAAGCACUUUAAGGCCUGUAUCCGUUUCAUCCACUGCUGCCGCCUGCACGGAGGGAACUGCCUUGUUCACUGCCUGGCAGGCAUCUCCCGGAGCACCACCCUUGUUAUUGCCUAUGUCAUGGCAGUGACGGAGCUGAGCUGGCAGGAGGUGUUGCAGGCAGUAAGAGCUGUGCGGCCGAUCGCCAAUCCCAACCCAGGCUUCAAGCAGCAGCUGGAGGAAUUCGGCCAGGGCGCUGCACAGAAGAUCCACAGACAGCUGGCGCAGAGAUAUGGCACCGACCCUUUCAAAGACAAGGAAGAGCUCAGGGCCCUGCUUCCUGCAGACACAGACGGCGCGUCCAGGACAGCAGGACCCCUGCAGGGACGGGGGCCAAGGAGCAGAGACCCGAAGGUCCCGGUCCCCUUUCUGCUGCGGGUGAAGCAGACGUUCUCCUGCAUCCCCGCCUGUUUUGAAAUGAGUCCAGCUGAGGCACGGAGAGGAGGGAAGUGAAGCAUUCUGGGAAAUACCUAGCGUAACAUAGCCAGCUGGCAACACCACGGCCUGCAAAGGAUGUCCCUCCUCUUAUAUGUCGGGGAGAGGUAUGGUCUCGUGGAACAAGCUCAGGCCUGGGAGCCAGGAACUCCUGGGUUCCCUUUGAGGUUCUGUAAUCUUCCUCUGUGGUCUUGGGCAAGUCACUUAACUUCUGCCUCAGUUUCCCCAUCUAACACGGAGGGAUUCAUUCUGGUGUUUCUGUCUCCCAGGCUGCUAGGAAGGUCGGUUAGUUAAUGUGCCCAGGGCACUGAGGGGCAGAGGUGCUAAUGGCCGUUCUUGAGUACACAAGACUGUGCCCCAGCCUACUGAACACAACGGAUCACAACCACUAUGGAGGAGGGGACUUUCCGGCUGCUAAGAGACCGAUGCAAAAUCCCAGCCGGGAAUGGACUUUGACAGUGAAUUGUAGCGCUUCAAAUAAAUACUGCACAGCACCCAUGAAAA